CGAAGCGAGGAAGUAGCGGCGGGAGCCCGCUGGAGAAGGCAACGACGGGACCAGCGGCUUGCGAAGAAGAAGAGGGCUUACUGAGACUUACGCCGGAUUUAGGUUAAAUCCUGCUAUCAAACAGCCCCAAAGUACAAUACUUGUCUCGACAUAGUUCAUUUACAGUGUCAACUGAACCGGACGUAACCCUCUGAAGCUCCGGUAGACCGAACCUCGCCUCCUUUCAAAUUUGAAGGCACUCAAGUCUGAGAUGGCGGCGUCCAGGAAGAGGAAGGCGCCCCAGAAGAAGAAGGCUGAGGAAGGCGGUGUUGGCGAUGUAGUCAAUCCCACCGACGAGGCUCAGAAGGAAUCAAGUAAGGGAAAUGCUAAUAGAAGGAAAAGCGUCAGAACUAAGCCUCAUCAGGAAGCCAAAUACUUCGAGGAGAAGCGGAAUCUGGAGGAUUUAUGGCUAGCUGCAUUUCCUGUUGGAACUGAGUGGGAUAACAUGGACAAACUUCAUGAGAUCAAUUGGAAAUUUCCUAACUUGGAGAAUGCUUUUGAGGGUGGAGAGCUUUGCGGGAAGAAGGUGUACUUGUUUGGCUGUACUGAGGCUCAAAUGCUGAAUGUAAAUGGCGUGGACAAGGUCACCCUUAUUCCAGUAGUGAUCGCAGUGGUUUCUCCUGUUCCCCCCUCUGACAAAAUUGGCGUUAAAUCUGUACAAAGAGAAACGGAAGAAAUUAUUCCCAUGAAAUCAAUGAAAAUGGCUUGGAUGCCAUAUAUUCCAUUGGAGGAUAGGCAUAGUCAAGUAGAACGAUUGCACACUGAAAUUUAUACUAUGGGAUGCACUCAGAGAAGAUCUGCUCUAAAAUUCCUGAAGGUUGAGCGAGUUAAACAGUAUGAUUAUUGCCUGCCUUAUCUUCAACCCCUCCACCCCGAUGAUGAUGAACAAGAUACGGUUGUCCAUAUCAUGUAUCCUCUAGAUCCUCCGGUUGUCUGUGAGUUUGAUUGGGAGCUGGAUGACCUUGAGGAAUUUACGGAUAACCUUAUCAAGGAGGAGGUCUUAUGGGAAGACCAGAAAGAUAAAUUUAAGGAGCAUGUAAAGGCACAGGUUAAAGAAAGGAAACAAGCUCAGAGACAGGCAAGAGAAGCCCGGAAAAAAGCUAUAGAGGACAUGGACCCCAAGAUACGAUCUGCAUUGGAGAAUUUGAGGCUCUACAAGUUUUACCCUGUACAAACUCCUGAUACACCAGACAUCAGUCAAGUGAAGGUAUCAUACAUCAAUAGGUACUAUGGAAAAGCUCAUGCCGUUCUCUGACACUGAAGAGGGAUCGAACUGUUCUUCCAUCAAUGGAUUCAGAAGCAGAAAUUUGGUUGUUUUUAGUUUUCAACAGUUGACAUUGAGACAAUCUAAGCGGCUUCAUAUUUUUAUUUAUUUAUUGAUUUUUGUUUGAGUGACAUGAAGAGAUUAUAUCUCACUUUUCUUAAGAACCCUCUUCUCCUCUUUUGUAUUACUGCCCUAUAAACAUGUCUGAUUAUUAUGGAGACAAAUAUAGACAAUUCAAAAGAUAAUUUUGAUUGUGGAGCUUACUUGUA